GCCAUCUCGCUGGCCUACGAGGCGGCCGAGAGCGACAUCAUGAAACGGCAACCACGCAACCCCCGCUCCGACAAGCUGGUCAACGAGCGGCUCAUCAGCAUGGCUUACGGCCAGAUCGGGAUGAUCCAGGCUCUGGGCGGGUUCUUCGCCUACUUCGUGAUCCUGGCGGAGAACGGCUUCCUGCCCUCCUGCCUGGUGGGGAUCCGGCUGCGCUGGGACGACCGCACCAUCAACGACCUGGAGGACUCCUACGGCCAGCAGUGGACGUACGAGCAGCGCAAGGUGGUGGAGUUCACGUGCCACACCGCGUUCUUCGUCAGCAUCGUGGUGGUGCAGUGGGCGGAUCUGAUCAUCUGCAAGACCCGCCGCAACUCCGUCUUCCAGCAGGGCAUGAAGAAUAAAAUCCUGAUUUUCGGGCUUUUCGAGGAGACGGCGCUGGCGGCGUUCCUGUCCUACUGCCCCGGCAUGGACGUGGCGCUGCGCAUGUACCCCCUGAAGUGAGACCCAAAAACACCCCCAAAACGCG